UACACUUAUUACAUGCGUACAAAUCCCUCCCCAGCUAUACUUCCCUCUGGAGGCCUCUCUCCCUCUCUCUCUCUCUGAUUUCUUUUCUUUCUUUUGAAGCCAUAUUUCCAGUCGCCUCUCCUUUACAAUAACUCCAAAAUCCUUUUCUCUCUCUCUCUCCCCCUGAAGGAAUUAAUAAAGGGAUGAAGGUGGUGUUUUAGAGAAGGAGAAAAUAUGGGUUCUUGUGCUUCAGUUCAUAACGCUACUGCACCGGAGUCAGCCAUGAAACUAGGAGUGUCAUUUAGCUCUAAAAAAGACAAGCUUGUGAUUCCAAAGUCACCAAUCAAUGAUAAUAAACAGUCCACUGCAAACCCUCUAAUCAAGACUUUUGGAGAUUUUGGUAGUAAAGAAGAAACAUUUUUUGAUUCUCGAGCCUGGUUAGACUCGGACUGUGAAGAUGAUUUCUACAGUGUGAAUGGAGAUUUUACUCCUUCCCGUGGCAAUACCCCAGUCCACCAUAAUUUCUCUGCUGGGACCCCGCAAGCCAACAAAAACCCUUUGGAGGGCAGGCCUCCUGGUUCUGAACUCGAACCAUCUCCAACUGGGAAGAAGAGAUUAUCUGAACUUUUCAAAGAUAGGAUUAGAGAAGACCGAGAUGUAGAUGACCUACAAACUUCAGGCUCAGGCGACCAAAACAUUGCCAAUGGGAAGAUGGAAGUCAAGCAAACCAUACUCGACGUCCUUCCCAAAUCUGCCAAUGCUACCCCCUAUCUCUCUGGAACUAAUUCUGUCUGUAGUAGUGAAAGGACUGCUAAUGGAGAUGCCCUAAUUGAGAAGGAGAAAUCAUUUAAAUCUAGUCCAUGUUGCAUCCCGAGCUUGAUUUUUUGCCGUAGUUUUAGUGAAAGAAAGAAGAAAAGCCAAGCCAUAGCUGUAUGAUAAAACUUAGUUUCCAGCGUGCCUAUUAUGUUGUAUAUGGGGAAAGCCAGUAUCUGAAAUAUCUUGAGGUCACAAGUUUUGUGGUUAAAAAAGAAAAAGGGGCCAUAAGCUAUAACUGCCCAACUUCAAUAUUAUUGUAUUGCUUAGAGGGCAGCUUUGUUUCAUCGACCAAGGACAUGUAUAAAGCAACAGCAGAGAUUGUGUAUUAUCUGAGACUCUUUUAUUUUACUCUCAAUCAAAAUAAUAUGAAGUUAGUCUUCAAGUUCUUAAGAA